CUCCUCACCCGCGACACUCUGGCAGUAAAACGAGGCUGCUGGCUGCUUGCUACUACCGGGAGAAGAUGCACUAGCUUUCCCCACGGAAACUGCUGGAUGUUGCAGUGGCCUUCAAAGGUCAGCGUGAUGCUCCUGGCUGCUCGUCUGUGAUCUCUGUUGCCACGGUUUCCAGAGAUACAAGACAGCGGUAGGUGGAGGAUUAGUCGAGGCGCAAAAAGAUGACAUCAACAUCACCCACUCACAGUGACAGCAGCGGCUCCUCUAAACAUGACGGCAGCCAGGAUAACUGGGAGAUUGUGGAAGGGCUCAGGGGGGUUCCUGCCAGCAUGCAGGAGCCUGAGAAGCAGGGAGGCUUCCUGCUCAAGAGAAGGAAGUGGCCCAUGAAGGGCUGGCAUAAGAGAUACUUUUUGUUGGAGAAAGGCAUCAUGAGAUAUGCAAAGCGGGAAAGCGAUAUUAGUAAGGGGAAACUACAUGGCUGCAUAGACGUUGGUCUCUCUGUAAUGUCAAUCAAGAAAAAAGCCAUGUGCAUUGAUCUGGAUACGGAAGACAACAUCUACCACCUAAAGGUGAAGUCGCCGGAGCUGUUUGAGGAGUGGGUGUCAAAGCUGCGUCAUCACCGUCUGUUUCGGCAGAAUGAAAUAAGCAUGUAUCCCCACGAGAAGCAUCUCUUCCACCCCCAUGCGACAUCCUCUCCCUCUCUUAAUGAAUCGCUUAGGAAAAGGGCGACUCUUACCAAGCAGGCGUCAAUCCACCAGUCUAAGAUAAACUCCUGGCUCCACUCCUCAGACGACAUGGACAAGUGCUGUAAAGACUUGGAGGACUGUGAGUCGUAUCUGCUGGAACUGAACCUGCUGCUGAAGAGCAUGGAGGUCCUGCACCGCACAUACUCAGCUCCAGUCAUCAGUGGACUACAAGCAGCUACUUAUGAGAUCCCCAAAAAGGAGAAGAGGCCGAGGAGGUGGCGGUCCAAAAACAAUGGCAAAGACACAAAAGCCACGCUACAGGUUCCAAGCUGUAUCUCCUCCCAGCCCCAGUCCCAGUCCUAUCGCCUUCAUGCCUCCAAUCCAAAUCUCUCCACCGCUGAGUCAAACACCCAAGAAGUCUGUCCUGAAUCCCCAGAAUCACCUGCAGAUGCUUCACAUCUGCAAAAGGACUUCUGCCAACUAGCCAACAGCAUCCACGUCAAACUGAAGUCAGCAUUUAGUUCCCUGGUGGCAGAGAGAGACAGGCUGAGACACACUAUUGACCUGCAGCCCACCCAGCCUGCGCAUGUUGUCGGUCUAAAGACCGCCUAUGCCUCAGAUUCUGUAGAUGCCCCACAGUCCUUGGUGCACCAGGUCUCCAGUGAGAGCAAAGGAUCAGAGUCCUUAACGGAGUUCUUUGACGCUCAGGAGUACCUCCUGUCCUCUUCCUCUUCUGAGAACGAGGUGUCUGACGAUGACUCGUAUAUAAGUGAUGUCAGUGACAGUGUUUCCGUGGAUACCUACAGCAACGCUGGGGGGAGUGAGAGGCACAACUCCGUGAGCAGCGUGGUGACGCUGGCUCGUCGACGCUCCACUCUGCCCUCUCCCUGUCCCGCCAACAGCGUGAGCCUGUGGAACAUCCUGAGAAACAACAUAGGCAAGGACUUGUCCAAGGUGGCCAUGCCCGUGCACCUCAAUGAGCCACUCAACACUCUGCAGAAGCUGUGUGAGGAGCUGGAGUACAGCGAACUCCUGGACACUGCUAAUCAGACUCAAGACCCCUACCAGCGCAUGGUGUAUGUUGCUACAUUUGCAAUAUCUUCAUAUGCAUCCACCUACUACCGAGCAGGAAGCAAACCCUUUAACCCCGUCCUGGGAGAGACGUACGAGUGCGACAGGCCUGAUAAGGGCUUCAGGUUUAUAGCUGAGCAGGUGAGUCAUCACCCGCCUGUGUCAGCAUGUCAUGCUGAUUCAAAGAACUUCACCUUUUGGCAAGAUGUUCGAUGGAAAAAUAAAUUCUGGGGAAAAUCCAUGGAAAUCGUUCCCAUGGGAACCACCCGUGUCACGCUACCUGCGUUUGGGGACCAUUAUGAAUGGAACAAGGUGACAUCCUGCAUCCAUAACAUCCUGAGUGGCCAGCGUUGGAUCGAACACUACGGCGAGAUGGCGAUCAAAAACAUCAACAGCAAUGUCUGCCAGUGCAAAAUUACAUUUGUUAAGGCAAGAACAUGGAGCUCUACAGUGAAUGAGAUAGAGGGUGUGGUUACAGAUUCAGAUGGAAAAGUGGUGCACUCCAUAUUUGGAAAAUGGAACGAAGCAGUGUUUCAAGGGAAGCCACCGUCUGCCACGUGUAUCUGGAGAGCAAAUCCAAUGCCAGUGGACCAAGAACAGUACUACGGCUUCACCCAGUUUGCGGUGGAGUUAAAUGAGCUGGACCUUGCUUUAAGACCUCUGCUGCCCCCAUCGGACACGCGCUUCAGGCCGGACCAGAGGCUGCUGGAGGAGGGGAAUGUAGAUGGAGCUGAGGAGCAGAAGCAGAGAAUAGAGCAGCUCCAGAGGGAGAGGAGGAAAGUGCUGCAGGACAACAACAUGACACACCAGCCACGCUUUUUCAAGAAGUCUAAGGAUGACACUUGGGUGAGCAACAACACGUACUGGGAGAUGCGCAGAGAUCCCGGAUUCAGCAAAAUGGACUUCCCUGUGCUGUGGUGAACUUUGGAUUUAACCAAACGUCUGCAGUCGACUUAUUAUUAAGAGGGAAGUAUGAAACUGAACUGAGGGCAGACUCAAAGUGUCCUGACCUGCCUGUGUAAUGUUCCAUGUCAGUGUAACCUGGAUCCACACUUCCUGCUUCCUCUUUUAGAACUGAGCACAACCUAUAGAACUUUUAUUGGUGUGUUUUGGUUUUUUGUAUUCUUUUUUUUCCAAUGGUUCUUCCUAGGCUUUCACUCCUGUAACUGUAAUUUACAUGUAAGCGUAGACUAAAGGUGCAUAUCUGUAUGUUUCACUGUAUCUCUGCUUUUACCAAAGUGCCUUUUCAUUGCAGUGCUGCAUUCAAGGAGCUGCUGUAGCAGUUUUGCACUUUUAUUCAGACUAAAAAUGUUUUAAUGAUGUCAGUAUGAUUCUUAGCUGGAGAGAAAAUGAUGGUCAGGGGCUGAUGGGAACUUGUGCAGAUGUUUUUUUG